AUGGAAAUAACGUUGAAGGGUUUUCCUCUGAAGGUCGUCAAUAUUCCAUGGAGGAAUAAUAACCUUAGCAAUCUGCAUACAGACCCGCCUCUAUCCGAACAAGGAGAGACUAUCAUUGGAGUCUACCUGAUAGUGUUAGGAUGGCUGUCCUGGUUUGGAAACAGUUUAGUGAUGUUUGUGCUGUACAGACAACGGGCAGCACUUCAGCCAACAGAUUUCCUCACUUUAAAUCUUGCCAUCUCGGAUGCUAGCAUCUCAGUAUUCGGCUACUCCAGAGGGAUUCUAGAAAUAUUCAAUAUCUUCAAGGACAAUGGAUAUCUGAUCACCUGGAUUUGGACUUGCCAGGUAGACGGUUUCUUCACAUUGCUCUUUGGCCUUGCGAGCAUCAACACCUUGACCGUAAUCAGUGUCACCAGAUACAUCAAGGGAUGCCACCCAAACAAAGGUUUCUGCAUCAGUAUGAACACCAUCGCUAUAUCACUCAUCUGCAUUUGGACUGGAGCGAUGUUUUGGUCUGUUGCUCCGCUGCUGGGCUGGGGCAGUUACACAGAUCGAGGAUAUGGUACCUGUGAGGUGGACUGGUCGAAAGCCAAUUACUCCACCAUCCACAAGUCCUACAUCAUCUCCAUCCUCAUCUUCUGCUUUUUCAUUCCUGUGAUGAUCAUGCUCUUCUCCUACGUCUCCAUCAUCAACACAGUGAAAAGCACUAAUGCCAUGUCAGCUGAUGGUUUCCUCACCACUCGCCAAAGGAAGGUGGAGAGAGAUGUCACAAGGAUUUCCAUUGUAAUCUGCACUGCUUUCAUCAUGGCCUGGUCACCAUAUGCAGUGGUGUCUAUGUGGUCAGCCUGGGGCUUCCAUGUGCCAAGCACAACCAGCAUCAUCACCCGUCUUUUUGCCAAGUCUGCCAGCUUCUACAACCCACUCAUCUACUUCGGUAUGAGCUCCAAGUUUCGUAAGGACAUCGCUGUGCUGCUGCCAUGCACGGGAGAGCACAAGGAGGUCGUCCAUCUGCAACAUUUCAAAAACUUCAAGCUCAGGGCUGAUGCCCCACCCCUACCUGCAUCACCUCCUGUCCAGAAACUGGAGGCGAAAUACACACUGAAACAGUCCAAUGCUGACAGUGACUCAGGGGUCAAUAGUCCUCCACAGACUCCUCCAUCUGACCCACAGGAGGUCUUCCACAUCGAUGUGCCCUCGCACAUUGAAACAUCACAGUACUGGUGUGACAGGCUCUGA